GGGCAGCCACCUGACGGAUAUAUCGAUAUGCCGGGAUUUGCCCAACAUUGAGGUGAUCACAUUCAGUGUGAAUGGCAUCUCGGACCUUGAGCCGCUGAAUCAGUGCCAGAAUCUGAGUGAACUCUACCUGAGGAAGAACAACAUCACAAGCCUAAAUGAGCUCUUCUACCUCAAAAAGCUACCCCGGCUGAGGGUCCUGUGGCUGUCUGAAAAUCCCUGUUGUGGGUCGGACCCCCACCGCUACCGAAUGACGGUGCUGCGUAACCUACCCAGCCUGCAGAAGCUUGAUAACCAAGCUGUGACAGAGGAAGAACUGUCCCAGGCCCUGGUUGAUGGUGAGGAGAUCACGGUCCCACCAGCCAGGAGGAGUGUGGAGAAUGGCUGCCUCGAGUCCACUGAGUCCAGUGCUGCUGAAUCCACAAUGGAGAGCGAGAGGGAACUGCUGAAUUUCAGUCUGGAGGAGACAAACAAAAUUCGAGAGGAGCUUGGUAUGAAGCCUGUUCGCAGGGAUAAAUUUUCUUCUUUUUCACCUGGAGAGACAGACUGCAACCGAAAGAAGAGAAACAAUAUCCUGAAUGCCGUCCUGCUUCUCAUGAAGGAACUGGAUGCUGAGGGUCUGGAGAUCGUCCAGCAGACAGUGGGGAGGAGGCUCCAGGCCUUUCGGAAGAAGGAGCUGCAGGAGGAGUGA